CCAGCCUGUGUGACCUGCCUCCCUUGCCAAGGGCCGCCAGGGAGGUGGAGGGGGGGGGGCAGUGCCGGCAGCUGACCUCCUGGGAGCCUCAGCACCCGCCUUUCUUCCUCCCCAGGGGGCCCUGUUAAUUCUUUCAACCUGCACCAUGAACUCAUGGAUCCUGGCCUGCCUGGUGGUCUGCUUCGUGGGUGCCUGGACCCCCGCUGUCCACACCCAAGGUGUCUCUGAGGACUGCUGCCUGGCGUACCACCGCCUGCCGUGGGCCGUGCUCCAGCGCACCCGCGGCUACCAGCUCCAGGAGGUGAGCGGAAGCUGCAAUCUGCCCGCCGUGAGAUUCUGCCUGAAACACAGAAUAGUGUGCGGGAACCCACAGGACGAGAUGGUGCGAAGGGCCAUGCAGUUGCUGAACACACGGAGGAAGUCCUGCCACCAUUCUCAGAUGACUCUGCAAGGGAGGAAGAAGCCUAGAAAGUCCUGGCCACCAUCAUCCAAGCAGAGCAGUCCCGCCGGCAAUGGCAAGAGGAAUGCCACCCUCCGGACAGCAGCAAAACUGGGGCUCUGAGCCCACGCGUCUCCGUCUCCGGGAUCCGCCAACACAAGAGGAUCUUCCUCCGCCAGAACAAGUCACCCCGGCAAG